UUUGCCAGCACCAAAACAAACCGGCGCAGUUCGCCGGCAUUUGUUUACAUCCAGUGGUACUGCUGCGGACGUCAGCGAUUGCUGUUGCAUACCUGCGCAUUUGGAAAAUUGGGGAAAGACGCCAACUUUAAUUUUCAUUGUAAUUGUUACCUUGAUCUCAUGAUCACUUAAUAGUUAUGUCUGGGACAAAACGAUUGGCAAAGCGAUCUAUCGUUGGGACUCGAGUGAGUGCCUUGUGGCAAGAUGGCCGGUUUUACCCUGGCGUUAUUCGUGCCCAAGUGGCCGAAGAAACAACUCUCUCUUCAGCCACAUACACUAUCCAUUUUGACGACGGGUUCGAAGCAGAUGUGCCGACUUCACAUGUGAUCGGUCCUGGAUUUCAAACAGGACCCUUAGUUCGUCUAAAAAAAGCACAAAGGGUCUAUGUCACGAUGAACGGUCGAGAAGUGUCCGGCUUAGUGGUGUAUCAUAACCGAGAGUCGGACGAGGUGAUAAUCACUGUCAAACACGGCAACACAGAAGAUGUCAACAUCUGCCGCAGGCUUGAAGACGUUCGUCUGAUGGAAAGUCGAAAAUCUGCCAGGCUUGUUGAUCAGGACACAGACUAUUCAAAGCUGGCCGAUUUACAGCUCAGCGAACCCAAACGCCGGGCUGUUUCCCACAAUAUUGACGUUCCAGCACAGGCUUUCAAACAGCAGCGCCAAAGACGGCACCGCGAUAGCUCAGGGGACACAGAAGGGUCGAGCGAGCACGGCGGAAACUUCGACGAUGUUGAAAUGAUGGACGAAACCAUUGCUGCCAUGGUGCUCACCUCAUUGUCUGUCAGUCCCAAGUCGCCAACGUUCCCCAGCAAUUACAGAGGUGAUCAGCAGCUGGAAUCAUCUCAAGAACUUCAAGCCUGCAUCUCUAGUAGUGUAGCAAGUAGUGGUUUCUACAGUGGUCAUUCAGAAAGAGAUGACCCUUCCCCACCACAUAUGGGUGGCAGUGCUCCAGCCUCCUUUGAAUUUCAGGUUCGGUCAGAUGCUGUGCUUGACACAGACAGCACAAGCCUGCUUGACUCCAACAUUAGUGGCAAGGAGGAAGAAAAAGUGAAAUAUCGGUGUACAUGGCGGGGUUGUGCCACAAUGUGCUUGUCCACCAAUGACAUUGAGCGCCAUAUCCGUCGCACCCACUUUGACCGUGACAGUGAUGAGGAGCUUUCAGCAGCAGAGGAAGAGUUUUACUACACAGAGGUGGAGGAUGAUAUGGACUCUGUUACCCAUUCAUUUGCUCACAUGUACACGUCAACACCCCCAAGCCUUCCAUCAGAGAAACUGGAAAUGGCACAGACUUUUGACCAUGAUUAUCAGCGCAAGGAGGAGCAGCAGAAGAUUCACCAGCAGGCAUCAUCAGUGCCAUCUGCUGGAAGCAGUGGGUUCUUGGGAACUUCAGCCUCUCUCCCCAUUACCAUACCUGAUGGUCAGAUCAAACGAUCCUUAUCUUGGCAGAUUCAAUCUCCCAUUCCAGGGAACCUGGUCUCACCCCCUCAGCGCAGCACACCAAGACUUACACCACAGGAACGCUUGCAGCAGCACCAGGCACAAUCUCCUAAAUCACACAUGCUCCUGUCACCCUUGAAAACUGCAGGUACUCACAGGAAACCUCGUAGUGAGGUCCGCAAGUGCCGCAAAGUGUAUGGCAUGGAGAAUCGUGACCAGUGGUGCACACAGUGUAAGUGGAAGAAGGCCUGCACGCGCUUUCUGGAUUGAAGCACUAUCUGAGAAUCUCUGUGUUCGAUCUGUCAUGCUACAGUUGGGGCCUGAGAAUGCAAGAUUUUAACCGAUGAGAAGCAUCAUAAGCAAGAUGUUGGUCUGGCAUGCAUGAAUGGAGCCAAAAGAUAGUAUUACACAAACUGGGAAAAGAUGGAGUAAUCAGCAAAGAAUCAGUGAAGCUAGGUCAAGACAGUGGAAUUAUGAUGGUCUGAUAAUAGGAUUUCAGCCGAUUUUGCAAGGUGACAUGUUAUAAAGAUGUCUUUAAAGCAAAUGAGCAGUCUUUACAAAAGAUAGAUGGUGGAUUUCCUCAGCUAUAUUUUAGGCACACCAGUGGGUUUACCAGAUAAAGUAUGUCUUUAUUCUAGCCUUUGUUGCUGAUCAUCCUGAAUUUGUGACAAGUGAAACAUGUAGCCCACAGAUACAUCACCUACAGGAAGAACUAUAAGCUGUCUGAAGAGGGCAAAGAAAGCUGAUUUUAGCCAAAUUGCAUUUUCUGAUAUUUGCAUUCCACCUCAAUCAGUAGAGAGGGUCCAGGGACAUUGGAUGCUUCCAUAUUUACUCAUUACGUCACGAUUACAUUGUCUACUAUUGAUGGAGGAGAGGUGCUCUUGAUGCACACCUGACAAUGUACAGGGUACAUAGGAUCAAAGGAUUUGAUUAACUGGCAGUCUUACCCAAAGGAGUGCAGCUAUAAAGAAACAUUUAAAAUGAACCAGAAAAAGACCUCCUUCGAGAAUGCCAGUCAAAACUCUCAUAUUGGGGUAAAAGAAAUGUUAGGUUUACAAUUUAUUUUCCAAGUCAGCAUUCAUGGAGAUAUAUCAUGUAGUGAAAUGUGCUUGCGAAAAACAGCAAGUAUUUUGUUUAUUAGCAAAUGGAAUGUGCCUCUGAUUGGUUUCAUGACAUCAUUAGGAUCUCUUUGCAAACUAAUAAGAAUGCAAAUGCUGAGAAAUCCUUUUCUGCAUUGAAUAUGGUGAGAAGGAAACAGAAAUGAAAUGAGUGCAGCUAUAGCGAAACAUUUAACAAGAACCAUAAGAGGACAUCCUUCAAUAAUAAUUCAGAUGUUGAAAAUCAAAUUUGUAUUUUUGUUCCUUGGAUAAUUUUUAACCCCCACUAAAAGGAUUUAGUGCUUUGUGUAAAUCGUGUUUCAAGUGCUUUAUUAGUUUCUUUGUCACUUUGCUCCUGUAUAUGAACAGAAAAUGUAAAUUCCAUGAUGUAUGUUCUCUCAUGUUGCACAAAGUAUUUUUGAUUUAUAGAUGCAGACAAAGCAGCUGAGUUAUGACUUUUGUCUGUGUUAACAUGGAUAUGUACAGCCUUCCUCAGGUCUUUCCUCAGUUCAGUUUUAAUGUUAUAAAUCUGGAUGAAGAUCAUUAUUUAGAUGGGAAUUUUUUAAUCUGCUGCUUCACGGUAAGGGUGAGAAUGGCAAAGUGUAAAUGGCUGAUGCAGGUUUUUUGUUGUUUUUUUUUUUUAAAAAUCUGUGCCCAUCCUUUUGAUAGGCAUCAUCUUGUGGCUCUGUGAGUGUGUCCACUUGAUGGUUGUGAGUUUUGGGUGCUACUGCUGUCAUUAAACUAUAUAAAUUGCAUGAGAAUUUCUACAGUAUUAUCCUUUUGAGAAUACAAGGUAGGGAUGAAUCAGUUUAUCACAGGUCAUUCAGUUUUUCAAAAAUGAACUUCCUUCAAAAUUUAUGUUACUGCUUAUGAGGGUUGGGGAGAAACAGAGCACCAGAAGGAGAAACCAGGAAAGACUGGUGGUGGUGAAAGAGGGAGGUAGAAGAUCAAGCUUUGUUAAGGGAAAUAAAGGAGACUUUUUUGUCUCCCUUUUGACAAAUAAUACUCAGUAGUUAGAUGUCAGUUCAAAAAUCUAUUUUUGAUGAUGAACAAUUUUUAUUAAUCCUUUUAUGGGUAAGGAAUAAGUUUUGAAAUAAAGCAAAUCAAAUCUAAUGAUAACAAUUAAAAUAGCUUAGUCAAAGUAAUCUUCCAGUUGAAAGAAAAUAUGAGUAUGACAGCUUUUCCUUAUCAUUCUUCAACAUUUGAAGAGCUUAAAAAAAAAAAUGCUCAGCAGAUAUUGUGCUGCAGGAUGGGAUUAGUUGGUGGAACAGUGGCUACAGCUGCAACAGUGAGAAUCAGGUGUUGUAGGUUCAAGUCUUGGAUCAGACAUGCCCCUCUCUCAGGAUGCAAAACCUGUAGAUGAUCCCUGAUGGUUCAGUCUGGAUACUCGGUUUUACCUCCACCUUCUGAGUGCAUGCAUGUUUGUAUGUAUGUUGUGUACAUGUUUGUGUAUGAACGUGCAUUUGUUGCCAGCUGUCAAAGGUGUGUGAUCAUACACUUGUUUGUAUGUCAUAUGUAAAGCACUUUGAGCCCAGCUUUGGUGUUGAGCAAAGGUGCUGUAUAAAUGCGCUGUAUUAUAUCAUUAAAGUAAAGAUAGUUGUGCUUAAUGACAUGACAAGCAGAUAAUGUAGCUAACAAAUUAUGUUGUUUGGUAGCGGUAGUGAUAUUGGAUUGUCCUUCAGUGCUUACAAAGAGAUUAUUUGCUUAGAUAUGCUGCAACUUCUGCAUGUUUUAGAUUAUUGAUUUAAUUAGGAGAUGCCUUUUGAGUGGCAGUGAUUACUUCACAAGGGUUGAAGUAGGAGAAAGGAGUGGAUAAAGAUAUGCUAGAAAUGGUAUGAUGCUCCAUAAUGUGAUAUCAUCUAUAUAUGUACAGAUUUUGGUGUAACGUUAAAUGUUUUGCUUUGCAGUUUUGGUUUAUGCACCAGUUUUUUUUUUAAUAAACAAUUUUUGCACAAUUUUAUUGCAGAAAGGGUUAAUUUACAAAUCACAAAUUAUACUUUUAUUUUAAGGCUGAUCUGUAAAAUAAAACUGUAAAUAUUGUUCAAUAUCAGAAUAUCAUACCACAUUGCAUUUUAUGUAUGUUGUGUCACAGAUGUACGCAACACACCAAGUCAGUAUGAAAGUUACCUGCUUAUGUAUAUAUUCGUGUGUGUUUGUGUGUACAUGUGUGCACAUCCAUUACACAUAUUUCAACUUAAUGUAAAACAGUUCCAGGGAACCAUUUAUGCUUGGAAGAUGAUAGUAGAUAUAAAAUUUGAAACAAAGGACCAUACCUUAGGCUGCCAAAUAAAAUUCCAAAUGUUCUUAUAUAAUAAUGCCUUUUAAGUCUUUAUGUUUCUGAGCAUUAAGACAUCAAAAUAUUUAAUGUCCCACUUUUUUUUUAAUUGGGAAGAGAAAAUGUUACAUAGAUUUUAAUCAAUAUUAAAAAGUGGUGUAUCAUUCUUGCAUCUGUGUGUUUUACUGCUUUAAAGUAAUUCUCUGGGUUGGGCUGAAUUCAGCAAUGUGCAUAUGCUAAGUGACAGGUCACAAGAAGCACAAGAUAAAUGUAUCUAUAAAGGUAAACUUAUAGAUUAAAUAUUUGUGCUGCUCACUAAGAGUAAGAUUUAAGGCUUUUUAUCCCAGUUUUUUAAGACCUAUUUCUAUGUACAGUACAAUCUGAAUGAUCGAGUGAAAAUUACAAGAUAAUUUAGAGUGUGUAAGUUUGUUGUAUAUUUGGGACAUUAUUGCAAUUGUAAAAACUAUUGUCUAGCACUGAUGUCAGAAAGGGAUGAUUGGGAAGGGAAAUCAAGCUACAUCAACAUAUAUGUGAGAUAUGCCUUCUCCAUUUUCACACUUUUUAUUCUUGUAAAGUGUUUACCUAGUCUAUCAGUUGGUUCUCUGGUUUUAACUGAGUGAGAAAUUUAACAGGUUGAAGGAGGCAGAGAAAAUAUUACAUUGGUGAUAAAGUGUGAUAUAAUUUUGAUUAGUGUAGUUACGUGAUGCAAAUACAGGGCUGUGCUUGAAAGUUAAGUUUUUUUGUUGAUGCUCUCUUUCUCUUUCUCUGCAUUAUAGUGGUUUUUUCCCACUUAGUUGGCCAUUGUGAUUAACCCUGAAUCCAUGUCCAGUUUUUUAAUUCCAAAAUGUUAUGCCACUUGCUGUAUUGUUCCUGUUCUCAUUUUCUUUUAUUCUUGUCUUCAUUGUUGUCAGUUUCAGUUCCACUUUUUUCUGACAAACACGGGCCUAGGCUGAUUUAAUUGUUGAAAUAAUAAAUUAUCUUUUUCAGAUAAUUUCUAAAUUGUCUAUAGCAGAGAACCAUUAUAAUUUUGUACAUUGGAAGAAGUGGUUGUUGACAUAUGCCCUGACAACUUUCAGUGAAUGUCAUAAUCAUAAAGUGUGAUACAGAGUUUACCUUUCAUUGUCAACAAAUUUAAUGAAAAUAAUUAGUUUGCUGAUUUUUGGUUAGGGAAGGGGAGAGGAUAAGUGCCAGAUAAGGAUCUGGCUUAUGUACUAUUUCUUGUGCUUCCUUUUUCAUGUCAAUAAUGUGCAUUUGAACGUCUUCUUCCCUUUAAUUACAUGAGUUUAUAAAUCAUGUUAGUUUAUAGUGUGCAUCAUCAUGGACAAGUAGACUUUAAACUAGUUUUUCAACAGUUCACUUACUUGUAUGUAUGUGCAUCUUCUCAUUUUAAUCAACUCCUAUACUGUGAAUAUGGUUAGUAGAUAAUGUACAGUUAAUAAGGAUUUAAUUUUGUUAGUGUAUGCAUAGCUGUUUAUCAGCGACUGAGCGAUUUUAGUAAUGAAAGUGAUCUUCACCACUGUAUUGUCAUUGAUGUAUCAUUUACAAUGUAUCUGUUGUUUGCACAUGCAUGACUUUAAACUGGUUUCUUAUGUAAAUAGACACAAAGAUCUACUAUCGCAAGGGGAUGCAAAAUAUAUGUACAUAGACAAUUUCACAUUUUACCACUUCACCCCUUUUCCAACAAGUCAAAAGCAUUUCCAGCAGAUAACAAUGGCUCCAAUUUAAGGUUUUGCUUCUCAUCUUUGUUAGGCUGAAGGGUAGUAUAUAGUGUUUAAGUUUGAGUUCAUCCAAAAAUACAUUAUAAUUUUUGUUGUUGUCAGGAUAGUUUUCUCUGACAAAGAACAUUUUUACUGCUAGUUUUGAUUUCUCCAUUUCUUCAUCUGUAAAUAAAUGCAUAUACAAUUACUC